UCAGAAAUAACAAUGUCAUGGUAUUUUGUGUAUAAAUAGCUUUAAGAUGUCAGUAGAAUUCCCUCCGUUAAGGAAUGAUCUUGUUCUUAGAGCAGCAAGAGGUGAAAAAGUUGAGCGACCUCCAGUCUGGAUUAUGCGCCAGGCAGGCCGUUAUUUACCUGAAUACCAUGAAAUUGGAGAAGAUAUUGAUUUUUUUUCUAAGUGCCGUUCUCCAGAGCUUGUUUCAGCUAUAACUAUUCAACCUAUUGAUAGAUAUGAUGGGUUAAUUGACGCGGCUAUUAUUUUUAGUGAUAUUCUUGUAAUACCACAAGCUUUGGGCAUGAUUAUUGAGAUGAUGAAUAAGAAAGGCCCGUGUUUUUUGAAUCCUCUUGAAACACCAGAUGAUAUUCAAAGAUUGAAGUUAAAUAUUGAUGUAAAAGAGGAAUUGGGAUAUGUUAUGGAAUCAAUUACAUUUACGAGAAGGAAAUUGAAUGGGAGGGUUCCACUUUUUGGGUUUGCAGGGGCACCAUGGACAUUAAUGACGUAUAUGAUAGAGGGAGGUGGAUCUAAAACAUAUGAGAAGACAAAAACAUGGAUUUAUAAAUAUUCAGAAGCUAGUAAAAGAUUGCUUGAAUGUUUAACAGAUAUUGUGGUUGAAUUUCUUGCACAACAAGUUGUUGCAGGUGCACAGAUUAUUCAAGUUUUUGAUUCUCAUGCAGGAGAAUUAUCUCCAUAUGAUUUUAAUACAUUUUCUUUGCCUUAUCUUGGUGAUAUUGCAAAAAAAUUACCUCAGCGUUUAAUAGAACUUGGACAAUCAUUGAUUCCUAUGGUUGUGUUUGCAAGAGGUGCCUGGUACGCAUUAGAUUCUCUUUGUAGUCUUGGAUAUCAUUGUGUUAGUUUAGAUUGGAGACAUGAUCCUGAAGAAGCACAAAAAAUAAAUCAAGGACGAUGUACACUUCAGGGUAAUUUGGAUCCAUGUAUACUUCUUAGUGAUGUUAAUACAAUUACACAAAGAACAAAAAAUAUGAUUCAAGGUUUUGGGGGUGGAAAACAAUAUUUGAUAUGUAAUCUUGGUCAUGGUGUAUUAAAAACAACUCAUCCAGAUUCUUUGAGGACUUUUCUUGAAGCAUGUCAUAAUUAAGAAAAUAAUGAGUUGUUUUUUAUUUAAUAUUAAAAUUUUAAGAUU